CGCCGCUACGGCCGGUGGUUGCGAAGGCGACGGUCGAUAAACAACAUGGAUGUCGCUGAGAGAUGUUUGAUAGAAACGUUCUCUUAAGUCAAAUAAUUAUUAACGUGUUUAGAAUGUAUUUAACUAGUUAUAGAGUUCGUUAACCCUCCUAAAAAACAGAAAUUAAUAAUAAUAAUAAUAAUAAUAAUAUUUGUUGGAAUGUUUGCUUAAGUUGACAAAGAUGGAACAGAAUAUAGAAAAAACAGAUGGUAAAGAAAGUAGAAUUCCUUUUCUGUCGACAACAAGUGGAUGGCAAAAAUCUCGAAUUGCUCGAACAUUACGGCCUACGGUUAUCACAAACAGAGAAGAUUGCAGCAAUGAAAGUAUGGAUUGCGAAUCAUCCGAGAAAGAGCUUUCUAGUGAUAAAUCUCCAGAGUAUUGGCAUAACUUAAUUGGUCAACGAGUUUGUAUCGGCGGGGUUAAAAAAGGUGUGUUACGAUAUUAUGGCAGAACAAAGUUUGCUAAUGGUAUAUGGUGUGGCGUUGAAUUAGACGAAGCUGUUGGAAAAAAUGAUGGUACUGUUGAUGGUGUAGAAUAUUUUAAUUGUAAAGCAAAUUUUGGAAUAUUUGCUCCUGUUUCUAAAGUUGAAAAAAUUAUAGUUGAUGAUAGUUCUAAUAAUAUUGAAAUGUUGGAAAUAAAAAAAGAAAAUGCAGUUAUUCCUUGCACAAAAUCAAAAUUACCUCCUCCUAAAAUAACUGCUAAGAAUUUGAUAUCUAAAAUUUCAGGAAAUAAAUUUUUGGAAUCUGAUGAAAAUUUAGAAAAAGAUAAUAAGUCUCCAGUUUCUCAGUAUUAUGGGAAGAGAUCAAAAAUUUCUUGUAAUUCAUCAGAUUCUAAAGAUUACAGCAUUAAUAAUAAGACACAGGUUAUAACCGUUGGUUGUGAUUGUAUCUUUAAUGUUGAUAAUUCCAAUGAAAUUAGAGAUGAUGAGUCACCGGAACAUUUUGCAAAAAGAAGCAGACUGUCUUCAGAAAUGAAAUCGCAAUGUUUUGAUAUUACUUUUAAUAUUAAAGAUACAUCUUUGAAACAGACUAAGAGUUCAUCCUCAUUAAAAGAAAAUGAAAUAGAUCAAAAUUUAAAUUCUACAUUUAAUAUGAGUCCCAUAAUAACAGAAAAUAACAGAAUAGAAAAUUUAGAUAAUAAAGACAGUUUCAAUAGGACGUUUUCGUUAAAUGAUUUUAUCGAGAAAGUAGAUUCUUCAUCCAUGCCAAAUGAAUUGUUGGAAAAUUCUAAUGGAUAUGACGACGAUCAAAUAUCUUUAGAUUUAGAUGAAAGUCUGGGAAUUCUCACGCCGAAUCAGAUGAAAGAUUUUACUAUAUGUUUAGAAAAUCAGAAUUCCGGGAUAAUAGAUAUCGAGACUUUAAAUAUUCCCAACUCUGAGUCUUGUGACGAUAUUAAUGAUAUACCUGAAUACGAAGCAAUUCAAGGAAUUACUAUUGAAUAUACUCCAGAAAAUAUUAGUGGUGUUCAGGUUUCUGUAACAAAGCAUUCUGUUGAAAAUGAGGAUUCGACGUUUCUAUCUUCAGAUAAAGAACUAGUAGUUGAAAAUAUUGAUAAACUUGAAAAAUGCAAAGAAAAUAUUCUUACUGACAAUUAUGACACAUCUAAAAUAUAUAACACAGAUACCAAUCCAGAAACUGAUGAUGAAAAUGAAUCUGUAACAAUUAAAGAUGCCGAUACAUUGGUAUGUGAUAUUGAUCCACAAGGCAUUCUUAAUGAAACAUAUGUUAACAAUAUAGAUGAAAACGAUGUAAAUCAUGAAUCAGAUUCUUUGGUUGAUAAAGCAAUUCCUAAAAGUGAAUUGCAAGUGGAAAAUGAAUUAUAUAAAGAUAAAAAUAAUACACUUCUAGCAUAUACAGCGGAAAUGUGUCCAUUUAAUAAUAAAGAUUCUAUUUUCGAUAAUCGUACUAUUAGUGAAAAAAAUGUAAAUGAUUCCUGUGAAAAUUUCGAUGAUCAUUUACAAAAAGAUAAUUUACAAGAAAACCGUCCAAUAUCUUUACACACGCUAGGAAGUACAGAUACUGGUUAUCAAGAAGACGAAGAAUUUGAUAAUCAAAGCGAAACGGGAGUAACGUCAAAUUUAAAACGAUUUUCAACUUCCAGUCGUGAUAGCUGUACUGUUCUCGAUGACGUUAAUCAGAAGGAAAAUAGUCGAGUUGUUGAUUCUGGCAUAGUUUUAUCAGCGGAUGGAGAUGAAAUAUUUGGACAAAAUGAUAUUACAAAAACUUUGAGUAAUGAAAUUGAAGUUCAUCAGGAAAAUAACUUAAGUUUGCAAAAUAAUUCAAAUAUUAAAAAGGUAGAUAUAAGUCAGUUAAAUACAUUAGACAGAUGGCCGAUGGAAGCAUCAGACGAAAGCUGUCACAUGUUCGAAAAAGCCAUUUGUUCGGAUCUACAUCAGUUUCAAUCGGAAUCUCAUAUUUUACAUAAAAAUGAUCUACAAAUGGAAAUUGUUAAUGAUGACAUUGAUAGAGAUGAUGUAAGUGACUCUGCUCAAAACACAAUUAUUGAAAGCAAUUCAAAUAUUACAGUUCCUGCCAGAAGUCCUUCCAUUAUAUACUCUGAAAAACCAGUCCAAAAAGUACAAUUAAAACCUAAAGAAAAUUUACCAAAAAAUAAAACUGAUACAGAAGAAAUCGAUAAAGCAUCUGUAGUGGAUAUGGACAAAAAGAAUAUUGUUAGAACGCCCAAGAAAAAUGUUAUGUCUAAAAUAAAGGCAAUGAUCGAGGCCACGACAUCUAAAACGAAAACGAAAAACGAUAACGAACAAGUUAAGAAAAGUAUUCCCAAAAAGAGUCGAUGGGAAGCGGUCACUUCUAAAAUCGCAGCUAGUCUUGCCGAAGAAAAGACAAAAUCGAAAACAAAGAAAGAAAUUAAAAGUAGAAUAGAUACAAAUUUAGUUGGAGCUAGACAAAUAAUUACAAAAAAGCCUCAAAAAACAGAUUUUCUAAGAGUAAAUUCUUCAUUUGAAAAUGAAGACGUUGCAUCCGAUUCGUCACAUACAAUGAGAAAUUCUUUUGAUCAUCAAAGAUCUGUUGGAAGUAGUGUUGAAAGUACCGACAAAUUUUCUAAUCAAACAUCACAAGGAAAAGAAAAAAGACAAACAGCUGCAACAUCUAAUGCAUCAAAAUUACAAAAACGAGAUCAUAAUUCGAAAGGACCCCACGGUGGUACGUUGACACGAUCGGCGUCUCCAGUUGCACCCAGUGAAAGUUCUACUGUUUCUGCAGGUUCCCAUCAAUCCUCAAAGAAUCUUACUACACAGAAAAAUUUUAAAGGAUCAAAUAGUACAUUAGCUUCAAUAUCGUCAACUAGGAUGAAACAGAACCCGUCUGCAAUUAAUACCAAUAAAAAGAAACCGGUUCCAAUAACGAAUUCCCAGAAGAAGCCAAAUAUAAAACCGAUGGUCAAGCAGCCUCCGUCGUCCUACUCCAGCAGAACCAAUGCCCAGAUUAACAAACAGCAGCAGCAGCAGCAACAACAACAACAACCAGUGUGGACAACCAGGGUUGAGUUGGCCAAAGAGAUCCGGCGUCUGGGAACUCUGUGCGAGUCCAGGACGAAGGAACUGACUCGCCUGAAAAUGCAGCUGAGACACGCCUCUCUCGGAUUUGACGCCGUGGCGGUCCUCUUUCGAUACCUGACCGAAGAGCUGGAUCCCUUUUCGCAGACUCGUCUGGUGUCGGAAUUGGAGAAAACAAAAGAAUCUCUGGGCAGAGCAGAGGAACACUUACAACAAUAUAAAAACGAAUUUGAAGAAUUAAAAAUGAAGCACUCCAGUGAGUUUAGCGAACUGGCCAAUAAGCUGAAUAAGACUUACCAAGAAGUUGUCGAAGAACUGACUCUCAAACAUACCGCAGAAAUUCGGGAGUUAAAGAACAUCCACGAACAACAGCUAGCAGAAAUGUCUGAAGCUCACAUGAAACAAUAUCAGGAAGCCAAAGAGAAACAUACCAUGUCGUUGAUCGAUUUGGAAAGUAACCAUCAGCGGCAAAUAGAAGAUAUGAAGAGAUUUCAUGCAGAAGAAUUGGAAGAAAUAGAAUACAACCAUCAACAGACAAGAAUACUAUUGAGUAAUCAAUUGAAAGAAUUGGAACAACAAUGCAAAGGUCUGAAACAUCAAGCCAAACUGGUGGAAGAGGCACUCCAAAGGGAUACUGACACUAAAAUACAGUGGAUUUCGGCAAAGAAAGCUGACCUGGAAAAAGAAGUGGACAGUUUGAAGACGGUCUUGGACAUGAAAAGAAACGAAAUUCAUGCUCUCAGGAAGGAAAAUUUAGAAAUGAAAAAAGAGCUUGAAAAAUUGCCCGUUGCAAAAGAAAAGAUAAAAAUGUUACAAGCGAAAGCGGAAGAUCUACAAGCAUUGGUCAAUGAGAAAGUUCAAAAAGAAAGGCAAUUGUCUUGCGAUCAUGAGAGCCUGAAAGAGAGUUUUGAAAAGGAAUCUAAAGUAAACAAGCGACUUUCCAUGGAAAAUGAAGAAUUACUGUGGAAGUUAAAACAGACUGCUGAAGCAAACUUCUUAAACUCUCUAUCAAGCUCUCCUGAAGUGUUUGAAAAGCUAUUCUCUCCCCUCAAAUCACCAAGCAAACAGUCCGUAAGCUUACCCCCGAUGUUUUUUCAUAGCAUCGACGAGUCUUCCGGCAAUUCUAAAGAAACGAUCUCACAAAAUGUUUCAAAUUCUAAAAGUGCGUGUAAGAAACCUCCUCUUUCUCCCAGAAAAUGCUCCUCUCCGGUUCGAACACCUUCGUUUGUGGCAGCCACCCCUGCAGCUCCCUGCUCGAGAAGGUGUAAGGUGGAAGCGAAAAGUUCUCCUCGUAAACAAAAACAAAAAUCGCAGAAUGCAGACAAGAACAGAACCCCGAAGGACGAUCAAAUAUCGGAUUCGAUCAAUUCUGACGAAUCCGUAACCUGUGCCAAAUCAAUGUUGGAUAAAAACACAAACGACAGCUCUGUAAUUCAGAAUGGAAUUCACAAUGUUGUAAAAGAAGAAUGUACUACUUGUACAGAAGCCACAGCACAUUGUUGUGAUCAACUGACACUCCAAACAAGUGAAGAACGGCCAAAUUAUAAACUGUUGGACUUCAAAGAUUUCGUUGAGUCGGACGAACAAGAAAAACCAAGGGCUUUCAGUUACGAAUUGGAAAAUCCUACACUGAGUGGCAAUGGUCCAUUUCCUCUUAAUUAUUGCCAGCACACGAUUUGUUCGUUUAGCGAAGAAGAAUCGUCUAACGACAGUAAUUCGAAAGAUUUUUUAUUUGACGACCAUCACCCCGGGGAGAGAGAACAAUCGGAUUUCAGUUGUUCUCUCAUCCAAAGAGAGGGAUGGUCCCUCUCUCUGCCUCGAAACCUUGCGGGAGAAGCCAUGGUUAACAAUUUAUCUCGGGUCGUUAACGAUGAAUCGUUGCAGCUUUACGCUUUCGGAGGACAGAAAGCGAGGAACGUUCAUUCGCAGAAAGAGGAACACGACCACGAAUGCAGCGUGGAUGUGUCGGAUUCCAAUAAUUUAGACACGAGCUGCGAGGAUUUCCUUUCCGAGUCUGAAAAGACGUCGUAACUACUUUUGAUGCGAAUCGCCAAUAGAUUCGAUUUACCGUACUUCCAUUCAUAAUCAUGUCCAGUGAUCCAGAUGUUCAUUGAUAACUAAUUUGUAUUUAUUUUAAACUAUUUUUGUUAGUUAUCUGUAUUUAUUAUGCAAAACUGUGAUUCAUAAAUUAUAAUAAAGAUACUAGUCAAAUCUUUUUCGAGUAACUCAGGUUUGCUUUCGGGACCAUUAAUUUUCGACAUGAGAUAGUGAGUGAUAAAGAGAUGUGUUGUAUUUCUUCUUUAGACCGAUCAUUUAAUAUAUAUGUAUUAACAGGUACUUAGGAAUUGUUGUCGGCAGCUCGAAUAAUCUAGGCAGAUUUACUUACUUUAAAUCUCGUUGCCUUAAUAAUUAAAAUUGGCACGGAAGUCAGUGGAGACGACCGUAACUGUCUGUGUGCGUGGAUGACAAUUAAAAAAUGAAGCCUCUGUGUAUACUGUAAAUAAUGCACCAUGGACGAAAUUCUUUUCAGUUAUAGAUCAAUAAAAGUCUAUUGUCAACAUCGUGA